ACUUUAUGCCUCUGUCUGAAAGACUGAAUCGCCUAUGAGUCGCCAUUGAGAGAGAAAACAUUUGAUAUUGUGGAAUUUGUACAGCGAGGGGAAACAACGUUUCACCACACAGCUAGAUACAGGAGAAACGACGGCGCAGCUGAAUAGAUAUUUAGCUCGUUUUCUUGGUUCCGUGGGGAUAGACAGGCUUGGUUAGGAGAGGCAGCCGUUCUGAGACUUGCCUCUGUUGUCGCUGCUCAAGCUGCUAACGUUACUUUUGCCAGCUCUUUGUGUCGACAUGGUUUGUUUUUGUUGACGGAAGCCUCUCCUAGCUUUGGCUGGGACCCUUUGGGUAGAUGUUUAAGUGUCAGAAAUCGGCCUUUAGUGACAAAAUACACGAGUGACAACAGCAUAGACGACACGGUGAGUUAGUUGGGAUCCAAAAUCCGAAGUGAACAUCAAGGUGUUUGGAGAGAGGAGAUGGGCAACUGUCUGAAAUCUCCCACUUCGGAUGAUAUCUCUUUGCUCCACGAAUCGCAGUCAGACAGAGCUAGUUUUGGCGACGGCACUGAUCCGGAGCAGGAACCGCCACCGCCUUACCAGGAGCAGAUCCAUGUGCCCAUCUACCAUCCCACCCCAAGUCAGGCCCGGUUGGCAACGCAGCUGACGGAAGAGGAGCAAGUGCGCAUUGCCCAGAGAAUUGGCCUCAUCCAGCACCUGCCCAAAGGGGUCUUUGACCCUGGCAGUGAUGGCACUGAGAAAAAGAUACGGGAGUGUGUAAUCUGUAUGCUGGAUUUUGUAUAUGGGGAUCCCAUUCGGUUCCUGCCCUGCAUGCACAUCUACCACAUGGACUGCAUCGAUGAUUGGCUGAUGCGCUCCUUCACCUGCCCCUCCUGUAUGGAGCCUGUGGAUGCUGCACUUCUCUCAUCCUAUGAAACCAACUGAACUCAGGCUGUGUUAAUCCUACCCCUACACACACACACACACACACACACACACACACACACACACACACACACACACAGAGCCCCCAGUCCCAGCCCACACUUUUCUUUUCAAGGAAUUAACCCUUCUACAGUUCUACAGUGAGGGGGCUGGAAGGGGGUAGUAACCCAUGACACCAUGGGAUACUGGAUUACCUGAGAUGCUCUCCUGGGUUGUCCUGCUGGACAGGGAAACCUGCCUGAGCCACACGAGUGACUACGUCAUGUGACUCUCUCUUUAGCAUCCCGACAAACCAUUCUGCUGUGGCAACUCUUACACUGGACGGCAUUAAACAGUAGAAAAUUGUACAAAAAAAGACUUUAGGGGAAAAAUGCAAUUUGUCUUAUUCUCCCUCCUAUUCUCUGUCUGUAGUGCAGUAGGGAGUGGGGCUCUUUCUCUCUUCCUUUCUUUCUUUCUCUUCUCUCUCAUUUUUCUCUCUCAUUUCUGUUAAGGGCUCGUUUGAUUUCUCAGCUGAGAUGAAAAUGACUAAAUUAUGAAAUGCUCUUGCACACAAAUUACAAAUGGUGAAAUUUGCACUUCUCCGAGACAUUUUAUCCCACCGAGCCCCUCCCUGUCCACACAGGGGCGUGUGUGACAACUCAUUCCAUUCAGCUUUCCUGUUGGGUACCCUGCAACUGCAGCCACUUGCUGUAGUGGGAGACUAGAAGUAGAACCUCUCCUUUUGUGGGCAUGAUCAACAUGCCUGAAUGCCAGUUAGCCUGAAGCGUUUUUUUUCUUUUUUUUUCGUUUUGUUAUGGUUUGUUUGUUUGUUUGUUUGUUUGUUUGUUUUUGUUUUUUGCUUGUUUUUGGAGUAUCCUAAAAUAUGCAGUGCUCUCUGUAAGAAAUUGGAGACUGAGGCAGUUUUUAUUUUUUUGACUCUUGAACACCUUGGAUUUAAAAUGUAACUCUGCUUUGUGAGGUUAAAGUGCAUAUGUACAGCUUUAAUUUGAGGUUAUGUCUGCCCAUAUCAGCUGAAGCAUGUAUGAAUUACAGCCAUUUUUAUACAUAGUCUUCCCAGUUGAGGGGACCAAAAAUCAUUGUGGACAUUUGGCUGCUCAGUUGUUUUUUUUGGCCUGCAAUUUACUGCAUCAUUAACUCAUGCACAAGAGAACUAACAAAUGAUAUAGAGUUGCCUCUAGAUGUGGCAUUUGCAUCUGAAGUCUCUUGCUGUUUUUCCAAUGGCAGUAAAGCAGGCCAAAAAAAAAUCAUUAAAUCACAUGGAGACACAGAAAACAUUGGGUGUGUCAGAAUCAACUGUUUGGUACAUUGUUGAGCAAGAACGCAAUAGUGAGCUUACCAGUAGCAAAAGAUCUGCCAGAUCACACAAGACCAAAAUAAGUAAUGUCCAAAGAAUCAUAUGGAGAAACAGUUGACGACAUUGUAGAUGUAUGACAUACACCUGCACAACCUGCAGGAUUCACCACAAGUUGCAAACCACGAGCAAGUCACGAAAACAGAAAGGCCUGGAUUAAAGAGUACAUAUAAAAAGCCUGUGGAGUUUUGAGACUUACUCUUAUGAACAGAUAAAUAUUAACCCUGGACCAGAGUGACUGACGUCAGCUGCAGGAUGAAAGAGUUUAUGAAGUGUACAGUAUUUUAACUGUUCAGCUCUGAUCAUAUGCCUCGGAACAUGUUGGAUGGCACUUCGUCUUGUAUUAGGACAGUAACCUGAAAAACGCAGCUAAAGCAGCUGUGGAAUUAUUUCAGGGUCCAAAAGUUUAACAUUGUUGAUUGGCCAAGUCAGUCACCUGACUGAGCACAUUUCCCUUACUAAGGACAAGACUGAAGGCAAAGUAGAAAAAAAAAACAGGCAGGAAGUGAAAAUGGCUGCAAUACAGGCCUGGCGGAGUAUCACCAGGGAAAAUACUCAGCACUGGGUGAUGGCUGUUAGCUGCGGACUGCAUCUGCAUGGAUUUGCAUUUUGAACUCGAAUUACAUUUAUACAAAUAGUUUACAAUAAAAUGUACAGUUACUUAUGGUACUCUGAAAUAGAACCAACUUCGUGCAAAAACAUAGCCUAUAUAGUUUACAUGUUUUGUUGAAGUGAAAAUAAAUUAACACAGCCUCCACAGGGGACAACCUUAAAUAGUUUCUGCUAAAUCUGGUGCAUACUUUAUUUGCUAAUUUUGAUGUAUAAACAAAUAUAGCAUAAAAUAUAAAAUGAGCCAAAACUUUUAGCCAAGCUACAUUUUAUGUCCCAUUUUAUAUUUUUUCAUAUGUUUAAUUCAACAAAUAAACAGUAUUCAUGCAUUAAAAUAAUUGAAAUCCAAAUAAACCUUGGAUCUCUAGAAUUUGAGCAGUUCAGUCGAAGGCAAAACAUUCUUGAUUUUUAAUGUAGGUUAAUAUAACGAGAUUUUAUUUCAUGUAAAUUUGGAACAUUUCUAUUGGUCCAUUCAUCAUGAAAUUUUACACAGCUGCUGUAAUGAUGUAGAAAAUUAAAUCAGAACAUAUGCAAAUACAUUUUUUUUUUCUUGUUUGGUCUGGACAGUCGUGAUAUACAUCAUGGUAUUUGAUGACAUUUCAGUUUGCAUAAAUAAAUGCUUUAUUAAAGUUAUUCCCUUUAUAUCCCAUUAUAUAAAUGUUAACCAGAGAUGAGCCACAUUUGUAUUUGUAUUCUUUCAAAACAAUUUUUCAGUACCCAGCAAACAAAAUGCUGUGGUAAACUGGCUUGGAUACUUUGUGUGAAGGAAACAAUAGAUUAAAAAACAAAAACUAAACUAAUAAUACUACUUGGCCACUGUUGUUGUUAUGGAUAAUAUGCUCUUCAUGUAUUACCAUGGAAAAUCCGUCUCAUGGUGUACCGGUAGAGACAAUGUAUUGUCCAGCAUGUCCUGUACGAAUCUAGUGAGCUAGACUAGAGCCAAAAUAAGAAAAAUUGCCACUGUCCAGUUGCUUACAGAAUGCACUGUACUCCCUCGAGAGGAAUUAGGUUUUCUGCUUGGGUUUGUUCUGGAAUGAUGUUGCUUAUGAAUGACAUGUGAGAAGGUUUUGAAGCAUUGCAGCGGAGCUAGUGCUGCCAUUGCAUUCUGAAAUAUCAGCUUGUCACUCAAACCUUUUUUCAUUUGUGUAGUUUUCUUUUAAUCACAUUUCUUGUGCUCAUAUUGUAAUUAACAGUAGUGUUAUAGCUUGUUCAUUACCAGAACCAAAUUUUAUUUAAAAAGAUCACUGGAGCAAUGAAAUGCGUGGCAGCAGUCUUGACUGCUAUGAGUAUAAUUGCUCAUGCAAGAAUAGUUUUAAUUAUAAGUAAAUAUGAAAAUAUUGGAUUAUAAUGGGUAAGGAUUAUGUGUUGGUGACCUAUUAGUAGUUGAGAAUACAUUCUAUUGUGUGCAUCGAAGGCAAACUUCUGGGGAGUUACUUGCCUUUCUUUUCUAAUAACAGGACUAAUGCACAUCCUGUUUGUUAAUCCUUUUCUCACAUAUACACCACAAUGACUUAUUAAAAAAGUAUGCAUGAGUGUGCAAUUACCACACCAUUUACUUUGUCACUUUGAUUUGCAGAGGCUUUUACCCCCCUCAUUUAUCUGCAUAUUUAAACCACAUACAGUAGUUUUGCUGUUGUUAUUGUACAUAUAGAUUGUUUUGUGACUAAUUUUUAUUUUAAUCAAAUCUCGUACUUUAAAGGAAGUCCAUCAAGCAUAAACAUGACAACAUAGAGACUGUAAAUCUGUAAUUGCAUAUCUGACUUUUCAUAGUAAUUGUUUUUUGAGGUCCAAGUCAGUUUGAAUUACUUGCACAGCUCUUGCUCGGGCAGCAGGAGAAAGCAGUUGUUGUUUUGGCCUGCCUCCAUACUGUGUCUCCUAUUUCUUCUUUUUUGUCUCUCUUUAAAACAAAACAAAAAAAAACAAAAAACAAAAAAAAACAGAAGAGGUAUAAAGUUGUCGAUGCAUGAACCGAAACCAAGCGAGCCGGACGUGCAACGGCCAACAAUCCAUCUAUACAUUUGAAAUAUCCCUUAGCCUAUGUGUGAGGUUGUUCGAAUACAGACCCUUGCUUUUCUCUCCUCUAAUUGAUGGUGAAGCACAGAAGAGCUUUGAAAAUGUUGCUCCAUUUUUGUAACUCCCCUGUCAUCAGUUCUAUAAAAGGAAAACAGAGUCAUCUUCAUGACUAAAGGAAGUGGAAACUCGUUGCUGGUUUUUGUUGAGCUGUUUUUCUGCUCUUGAUAUUUGAUCAUGAGGGGGUGUCCUGCCCAUCUCCCCGUUACCAACUUCAUCCCUGAACUUACCCAAACAUGUCAACAAAAAAUGAAACACAGAAGUGGCUGCUAUUAAAGUAAUCUUUUUCCAAGUUUCAUCUGUGUUUGAACACAUUUCUUGUGGCUGUGUGGUUAUGAUAGGGAAUUUGUUGUUUGUGAAACCCCUGGGUUCUCAUAUCUGGUCAGCUAAACGCCAGCCGAGUUUUGUGAAGUAUUCUUUUUUUCGCCAUUUCCAUUAUAGAGAAUAAUUUAUUAACUGGGCCUUCUUAAAGGGGCAUUCUGGCCUAAAACUAGCAUUUAACAUGUUAUUUUUCGUGUCAUGUACUGUUCUGUAGUGCAGUGUUGCAUCAUCGGCCUUGUCUGUUUGAAGGAAUUCAUGUUUUGUGUUUUUGGCCAUUGAUGUUCUCUCACUACAAUACCCAGUAUGCACUACACAUAUACGUCAUACAACCCCACAUGCCAGUGAUAAAAUGAAUCCUGACUGAUAGCAUAGCUGCUGAUGUAGAGGCUAAUAAAUGCAGAUAAUGAUAGCCAGCUAACAGGAGGAAAAAAAAAAACAUUUCAAACAGCUUGCCCUCAUGUAUCCACCCCAGUGCUUGUAAUUUCUCAAAAAUUCCUCCCACCUUCAAGAUACAUAAUCAGAAGAGGGUUUUGCUAGUCUUUAAAUCAGAAAAUCUUGCUCUAGGGGCUACUGCGGGCUGCUGUAGAUGGCGAGUCAGCAUGUUUACAACAGAUAUAGCAGUGGUUGUUCUUCAGUUUUGCUAGAUUGUCCCUUUCAAUUGCAAUUAGCUUUAGCUCUAGGGUCAGCCUGCUAAUACCUGCUUUAAGUAGCCUAACUUGGCUAGGCAGUUAGGUCCCCUCCGCAGAAAGCAGUUUUCUUUUCCCUCUCCGUACAGCAUGGAGGUCUGUUGCCUUAGUUGGGCUGUAUGGGUUCUCAAUGGAAGUCUCAGACUGACAUCAGCUUUGAGGAGGCCAGAGAGACCUCACCUUAUCUGUACCAUGCUCAUGGACGUCACUGCCAUUACACCCACCAAUGGAACAAACCAACAAUGCAAUGUAAUGGUAAACUUUCUACAGUGUAGAGAGAGACCAGUAGAUGUAUGUGGAUGUGUUGUGUGCUGACAGUGAGAGUCUCCUGUUUGUGAGUAUAUAUUUAUAUAAAUAUGCAUCUGAUAUGUACUGCAGGCAAAUAAUAAAUAGUGUCUAUGCUACAAAAGUA